AUGUCGAAUCAGUGCAAGAAUUGUGAUCGCGAUCGCGAUUUGAAUAAUAAUUUUGUUGGUUAUCCUAGUGGAUAUUUGACAACUCCAAAUAAUACCAACAAUAACAACAGUAGCCGGAAUACAACUAGUGCAAUGACCAAUAAUAGUGCCAGCAGUGUAGCUCAAAGCACCCAAAUAAAGGCGAAAAUAAUGUUCGGAAGUGUCGGGGCGAUCAAAGAAUUACGUGAGAAGGAGCAUGCUGAAAAAGCUCGAUCAACACAAGCAGGACGACGACAAUGA